AUGAACCCGCUUCGUUUCGACUUCAUCCAGUCUUUACUGCCGCGAACCGCGCAGAAUGCCAGACUCUACUCAUACCUCGACAUAGGCUGCGGAGGUGGAAUCUUCGCCUCAGCAUGUGCACGUCACCCACUCACCUCAUCAGUCACUGCGAUUGACCCAACGCCCGCAUGCAUAGAGGCGGCACAGGCCCACCAGCGCACCGAUCCCGCGAUAGCCCCUCCCAAGCUGACGUACCUCAACGCCGCGAUUGAGUCCUUGCCAGCAGACGCCGACGGCAAUACCCAGCAAUACGAUAUAAUCACCCUCUUCGAGGUGCUCGAGCACAUCACAUCCCCAUCCGAGUUUCUCGCAGCGGCAGCAAAACACCUGAAGCCUGGCGGGUGGAUCGUGGGCAGCACCAUUGCUCGGUCUUCCAUGUCCUUCAUCACUACGAAGCUGAUUGCCGAGGCCCCGAUCAUUGGUGUUGUUCCGGCGGGCACACAUGAUUGGAAUCAAUACAUCAAUCCGGGGGAGCUGAGGGCAUGGUUCGAGAAAAGCAGCGAGUGGAACAGCUUCACAACGCAGGGUGUGGUCUAUGUGCCGGGUCUGGGCUGGAAGGUCGUGCCGGGAAGUGAGGGGUGGGGAAAUUACUUCUUCGGCGUACAGAAACUGCCACUGGUGGAGGGGAGUGGCGAUGCCUCGCCAAAUACUUGA